AUGUCCAGGAGCCGGGCCCCAAACGUGGAGAAAAGGGGAAAACUAAAUCCAGUAAGAGUGAACUACUCUGUCCGCGAGUCAGAGGUUGAAAUCCCACAAACACAGACUCCUUUCCUCACUGCAGCUUCACGUUCACUAAUGAGCUGUGUUUCUGUUGCCGAGGAUACACGUCCCUGGUGUUUCCUGGCAGAGACGGGGGAGGCCGGGAUAACGGGCGUUCCUGACCCCUGUCUCAUUCAGCAGGGGCAGGGUGUCACAGAGACAGCUGCAACCUUGCAGAAGCACAGCUACGAGAGAGGAAGCGAAGGCUGCUCCUUUCCGCGGGCAGGGCCAGGAACAGCCUCGGAGCUGGCUGAUGGCAGCUUGGGGACCUGGUUUGGGAAUCACUACUUAGCAGCCGGCCCCCCUGCUCUCCCAACCAGCGCCCUGCAAACCCUGCCUCCGCGCCGCCUGGGCCGCUCAGAGACCCGCGCAGCCCCGAUCCUGUCCCCGCGCCCACCCCAGCCCGGGUCCCGGGCAGAUAUUCGCAGCUGUUCGCCCCCAGGCAGCGACGCGACCCCGACCGCUCAGCUGUGCCGCGCCCCCGGCGCGCCGGGCAGAGGCGCCCGCAUCGCCCACCGCGGCCGCGCAGGGACCAGGCUGGCGGCCCACCGCCCCCAGCGCGCUGCGCCUGUCCCGCUCACCUGCGCCGCGGCGCUCGCCGGGCCUCCGCGCGCCAGCCCGGCUCCCGGCUCUGAUCCCAGUCCUAGCGCAGAGCGCGCUCGCGGCGGGCCGGCCUUGGUGUGGCCGCGCAGGGAGGGACGGGGCGGGUGCGGCUCCUCCCCGCCCCGAGCCACCUGGGGCGCCCGGGAAGGGGCGGGGCAGGGCCGGGACAGGUGGGCCCCGCCCGCUGCCGGCAGCCCGGGACGUGGGCUCCUUGGAGAUCCUCCGCGGGGUGGAAGGGGGGCCCGGGCGGCCGCGUAA